AUGCAGUCUCGUAUUGCUUCUUUAAAGAUGCCGUCGUCAUGGAACGAGUAUAUAUCGCUGGUACUGACGGACAGUGGCUUCGUGACGAAUAGCGCCAUCUACGGCACGGCGGGGCGGAAGUGGGCCUCGACUCCCGGAUAUGGCGUUACCUGUGAUGAAAUAAAAACUCUUGUGUUUGGAUUCAUCGAUCCAUCAAAACUAUGGAAGGACGGUGUUCGGGUCGGAGGACGGACAUUCACAUGCACACGUGCGGAGAGCGGUCUGAUCGUGUGCCGAGAAAGCACCGAGGGGACGGGAUGUGUCGUGUUCCGGUGUAAUAAGUGUCUAGUGAUAGCUACUCACGAGGAAGGUGCACACCCAGGUGGGUGUUAUAAUGUGGUGACUAAACUAGGGGAAUAUUUAAAAGAGCAAGGUAUAUAGCGUAUAUAAUUCAAUUAUAUGUAAUGUUAUAUAUAUACAGUGUAUUGUUU